GCAGAAGCUCCCCUCUUCUUUUUAUGAAGGACUGUUUCGUCUCCUUCCUCCUCUUCUAUAUUAUUCCCACUUGUUCAUUAUCAAGCCCAGCCCCGAGCAUGAGCUUGAGCUUGCUUGUUUGCUUGAUGGAGGGUAGGUAAUAAUUGUGGAAUGGGGUUUUGGACAAAGGUCAAGGUUUUGCUAAGUUAACCAGUUACGGGCUCAUUAUUGUGCCUUUCUCAAAGAUGAAAAUGGUUCCUCUUUCAAGUUAAGAGCCCUUCAAGCCAUUCAAUUCAUCUCUAGCUAUGGAUCUCACAAGCCCUAAAUACUUGGAAGGUCCCCCCCUUUUAGCAUCUAAUGGGGAGCCAUUUGCAGAUGCCUUCUCUGUUGACCCACUUUGCAAGCUCAAUCUCAAGGAAACUUCUGAGUUUGUGAAGUCUUCAUUCCCAAUGGCGAACCAUAAAGGCCUAGAGAGCAGAAAGAUCAGGAACAAUGUGGAAGCUCCAUCCACACCGGGUAGGCCCAUUUUCAGCUUCAGUGCUUCUGGUCUUUCAAGAAAGAGCUUCCCUUCCAAGUGGCAUGAUGCAGAAAAGUGGCUCAAUGGCAGCAGCUCCUGCCACGACUCUCCUGUUUAUAAUCACCAUGCCCAAAAAUCAUCAGAACCCUCAAAGAUUUUCAAGCAAAUUGAUGGGUUUAGGCCACAAGUUGAGGUAUUUGCAGAGAAAUCAAGGGUCACUGAGGAAAAGAUCUCCAAGGCUUUGCCAAGCAUCCAUGGCUCUGUAGCUUUGCCUUUGGCAGAUGUACUUCUAAAAGAUAAGUUCACAAACGAGGUAGUGGAACCAAAAUUUUCUGGGUUGAGGUGCUCAGAGCCAGUCAAUGAAGGGUUAUUGUUUGGAGGCUCAAACAUGGUGGAGAAAGCCAUGAAAGAUGCAGCAACAGAGGUGGCUGUUGAGGUUAAACACAAGGAUGUUGGGACAGAGAUGACUCCUCUCGGCAGCUCCACAACUUCAAGAUGCCACACGCCGUUCAAGAGCUCGUCGCCUGCCCGGCACAACACCCCGGCGAGCCGAUCUGGCCCAUUGAGCUUGGUGAGCUCAAAUGGCAGCAACGCAGCCAUUGAUAUCGCCCAUCUGCAACAAUGCCAUUUAGCCAAGCUGCAGCUUGGAACACAGAUUGAUUCAUUGGUUUCAACUUGGAGUUCAAGGGAAGAGGAAGAAGAGGACAUAUCAAAGAGCUUGAGGCACUCUGAGAUUGGGAAUGAAUGCAGGAAAAGUGUUUCAGAGUCCAGGGCUGUUUCAAACUGGGAAGAAGAGGAAAAGAACAAGUGUUGUCUCAGGUACCAGAGAGAAGAAGCAAAAAUACAAGCUUGGGUGAAUCUCCAAAGUGCCAAAGCAGAAGCUCAGUCGAGAAAGCUUGAGAAGAAGCUUAUAUGAAAUUGCAAAAGUCUGGCCAGUGGCUGAGUUACGUUGACUAGGAAGGAAGGCUGGGUUUGACAGUUCGUUGUUGGUUUCUUCCUCGAGCCACCCGCUGGCUGUGUUUGUGUUUACUGUUCAGAGUGUCUUCCUUCAACCGAUGUGCAUUUCACCAUCACCCUUUCACACGUUUUGGAAAGAAAAAAGAAAAGGCAAGAGAAAGUGCCCUUAAAAUGCAUAUACUUUUACACAGACCCUUGUUCAUGCCAGACAAAUUUUGUCCCAUUAGCCCCAUGUGACUGUUCCUGCAUUUCCAAAGUUCUAGGGAACUGGGGAGGAUCACAAUGAACUUUUACUCCUUAGAAAAGGGGACAAGUUUGAAUUUGAAGGAGCAUCAAUAAUGUAGAAGAAAGAAGGAUAAAGUUUGGGGAAGUUACUAGGAUCUCCAGUCCCAACUCUCAUUUCCCAAACCCUUAAGUAAUCUCACGAGGUGUGACCAGCCAAGCCCUAAGGAAGGAGAGGUUGUUCAGGGGGAACUCGAACACCAGACCUUUCCCCAAUCACUUCAACUAAAUGGGUGUUAAUUUUCAGGUGAAAAUCCACAGAAUGAGAUCAGAUUUGGAGGAGAAGUUGAUGAAGAGGAUGGCUGUUGUCCAUAGAAAAGCAGAGGAGUGGAGGGCGGCAGCCCGGCUGCAACACGGCGAGCAGAUUUACAGGGCAACCAUACAAGCGCA